AUGGCUGCCAACGGUGACAAUGGAGCUACCUACGCUCUCUCCCAGGAGCACAAGGAUAUGCUCGAGAAGUCUCUCGUCGAUUCCGACCCUGAGGUCGCUGAGAUCAUGAAAAAAGAGAUCCAACGCCAGCGAGAGUCCAUCAUCCUCAUUGCUUCCGAAAAUGUCACCUCCCGCGCCGUCUUCGAUGCCCUAGGCUCGCCCAUGUCCAACAAGUACUCCGAGGGAUACCCCGGCGCACGAUACUACGGUGGCAACCAGCACAUCGACGAGAUCGAGCUGUUGUGUCAGAAGCGAGCUCUCGAGGCUUUCCACUGCGAUCCCGAGAAGUGGGGUGUCAAUGUCCAAUGCCUGAGUGGCAGCCCUGCCAACCUGCAGGUCUACCAGGCUAUUAUGCCUCCUGGAGGACGUCUGAUGGGUCUGGAUCUCCCUCAUGGUGGCCACUUGAGUCACGGAUACCAGAUUCCUUCCAAGAAGAUCUCGGCUGUCUCGACCUACUUCGAGACCAUGCCCUACCGAGUCAACCUCGAGACCGGUAUCAUUGACUACGACAGACUCGAGGAGAAUGCUCAGCUAUACCGCCCCAAGAUCCUUGUCGCCGGUACAUCCGCUUACUGCCGUGAGAUUGACUACGCGCGCAUGCGCAAGAUUGCCGACUCAGUCGGUGCUUACCUCGUUGUCGACAUGGCUCACAUCUCGGGUCUGAUCGCCUCUGAGGCUAUCCAAUCACCUUUCCCCCAGGCUGAUGUCGUCACCACCACCACCCACAAGUCUCUCCGUGGCCCCCGUGGCGCCAUGAUCUUCUUCCGCAAGGGUGUCCGCAGCACGGAUGCCAAGGGCAAGCAGACCAUGUACGACCUGGAGCAGGCCAUCAACUUUUCCGUCUUCCCUGGUCACCAGGGUGGUCCCCACAACCACACCAUCACAGCUUUGACUGUCGCCCUGAAGCAAGCCGCUACCCCUGAAUUCAAGGCCUAUCAGAAGCAGGUUGUGGCUAAUGCCAAGGCGUUGGAGCACAAGUUCAAGGCUCUGGACUACAAGCUGGUCUCGGACGGCACUGACUCACACAUGGUCCUCAUGGACCUGAGAGCACAGGCUCUGGAUGGCGCACGUGUCGAGGCCGUUCUCGAGCAGAUCAACAUUGCUUGCAACAAGAACAGUAUCCCAGGUGACAGGUCUGCUCUCACGCCCUGUGGUAUUCGUAUUGGUACCCCUGCCAUGACGUCGCGUGGUUUCGGCGAGAAGGAUUUCGAGCGUGUUGCCGACUACAUCGACCAGAGCAUCAAGAUCUGCAAGGAGGUCCAAGGUGCUCUGCCCAAGGAGGCCAACAAGCUCAAGGACUUCAAGGCCAAGGUCGCCAGUGGCGAAGUUACCAAGAUCAACGACCUGAAGAAGGAGAUCUCUGCUUGGUGCCACACAUUCCCUCUGCCCGUCGAGGGGUGGAGAGUUGAUGCUGGUAUCUAA